GUGCUGCCAGAGCUCAGCCAAGACUCACUGGGAGGGAGGGAGAGUGGGCGAGGCCGGUCGGUGCGCGCCGCCCAAGGCGUGGGGUCCUGGCCGCAGCUGUGCCGAAGACCUGCGGGCACUCGGCUCGGCCGAAAUCGGGCGAGUAUUUCCCCGAAACUCUGGUUGGGCCUGCGUAGACACUCUACUCCAUCAACCCAGACUCACAUCUGGGCCCUGCGCAAACGUCCUCGAGGCGGGGACUACUGUGUUCUGGGCACCAGAAACAGGCGAGCGUCUUAAAACCGACCGUACUUAAGACUCGAUGAAAUACGGUACCUCCUGCGGGAGGAGAUGGCCCCGCUCCUUGGGGCCCCGCCCCCGCCCCCCUCCCGCGCCGGAGCGGAGCUGCUGAGCCUGCCCCUGGCGUCCGGCCCCGCCCCCUGGGCUCCGCUCCCACUCGGCGCAGGCGCGGAGCCGCCGAGCCGGCCCCUCGUGCCCGCGACACGCGCGGAAGUGGCGAUGGCGGAUCCUGAGCUGCAGCUGGUGGCGCGGCGCAUCCGCAGUUUCCCCGACUUCCCCAUCCCGGGCGUGCUGUUCAGGGACAUUUCGCCCGUCCUGAAGGACCCCACCUCCUUCCGCGCCUCCAUCAGCCUCCUGGCGAAUCACCUGAAAAAGGCCCACGGCGGCAGGAUCGACUACAUCGCGGGCCUAGACUCACGCGGUUUCCUGUUUGGUCCAUCCCUGGCCCAGGAGCUGGGCUUGGGCUGCAUUCUCAUCCGCAAGCGAGGGAAGCUGCCGGGCCCCACCGUGUGCACCUCGUAUGCGUUGGAAUACGGGAAGGCUGAACUGGAGAUCCAGAGAGAUGCCCUGGAACCAGGGCAGAAGGUGGUGGUUGUGGACGAUCUGCUCGCCACUGGUGGAACCAUGUGCGCAGCCUGUGAGUUGCUGGGCCAGCUGCAGGCUGAGGUGCUGGAGUGUGUAAGCCUGGUGGAGCUGACCUCACUGAAGGGCAGGGAGAAGCUGGGGGCUGUGCCCUUCUUCUCCCUCCUGCAGUACGAGUGACCCCAGCCCCAAGCCACCUGGAAGAAGAGGACCAGCAUGGGCAGAUGCAGGAACCCCCAGUGGCCACGAGGGGGCACUGGCUGCCCACCUGGACUUGCUCUGUGUCUGUGGCUGAGUGACUUUCUUCAAGGUGUGGCUGCCCCUGAGGCCCUGCUGAGGCUCUGGAAGCCCCAUGGCCUGGAGCUGCCGGCUGGUUGACAAUGGAAUGAGAAUAAACAACUUUCUAGAGCA